ACAACAAGCCCCAUGAGGCAGUGCGCGGCGUUCCCGUGAUCCCUUGCGCCUGAGCGCGUUUGUUCCGUAGAGCUUCAUCAUGGCUAGCGACGGGCCGCCGGGCGCUGAUUCAAAUACAGCCAUUAACACAUGGACUCACGGCGAGCUGCAGGCCAAGCUGGCCGAGUUUGGAGCACCUAACAUGGGUCCCAGAGAGGAGCUCAUAGACCGACUGAAAUCUUACGCACAGUCUGGGAUGAUCUUAACUAAGCCGAACAUGCAAGGAGGAGAUGACAAGGUCAUGACUACUACGAUGCCAGGUCUGCCGCCCAUGCCCCCGAUGCCCUCUAUGCCCCUGCCGCCGGGCAUGAACAUGAUGCAGGCCAUGAACAUGAUGGGCGGCCCUCCACCCAUCCACAUGGGCAUGAUGCAGCACGACGACAGAGCAGCGCAGGGUGAUUCGCGAGGGAUGGAUGAGCAGAUGAAGGAGCAGGAACUCCUAGAGCAGCAGAAACGGGCUGCUGCUGUGCUUCUGGAACAUGAGAGGCAGCAGGAACUUGCUAAAAUUCAGCAGGGGGCGCCACCAGGCACCAGAGGACCUGAACUGGGACCACGACCCAACCUCCUGCCCCCCAUCCCGCCUCUCAGAGUUGGGACUCAGGGUGGCCCCACCCCUCCAGGUGUUUCUCUGUUGCUACAAUCUGCCAAUCAACGGCAGAAAGUCCCGCCCCCUCCGGGAGAAGAUGCCAGAGAGUCGUGGCCAGGUGAAGAUGUCGGCAUCGGGCCGAAGAUUCCUCAGGCUCUGGAGAAGAUCCUGCAGCUGAAGGAAAUGAGGCAGGAGCAGCUCAGCAUCGCCCCUACAGAGGAAGGUGAUGAGGAAGAGAUGGAUAUGAAUAAUUCCUCCGCCCGUGGAUACUCGGAUGAGGACGAUGAAAGUGGUCUUUCUAAAAAAGAUAAAAAUCGCAAGCGCAGGAACAGGAAAAAGAAGAACAAGAAGAAGAGGCAGCAGCAGGAGGAGGAGAAAAAGAAAGAGGAGAGCCGUGAGAAGGAGCCCGAGGUGGAGAUUGAGUACGUGACGGAGGAGCCUGCGGUCUACGACCCAAACUACAUCAUCUUCAAGAGGAUCUUUGAGACGUUUAAGCUGACGGAUGAUGUGAAAAAGGAGAAGGAAAAGGAGCCAGAGAAGCCUGAAAAGCCAGAAAUCCUUUCAUUUAAGAAGAAGGGGUUCGAGCUGGAGAAGAAAGACAGCGAUGACAGUGACGAGGAAGCCAGAAAAGACAUGCCGAAGUUGUCCAAAAAGAAACUGAGGAGGAUGAACAGGCUGACGGUGGCAGAGCUCAAGCAGCUCGUGGCGCGUCCUGACGUGGUGGAGAUGCACGACGUGACUGCGCAGGAGCCCAAGCUGCUGGUGCACCUGAAGGCCACCAGGAACACGGUGCCCGUGCCCCGUCACUGGUGCUUCAAGAGGAAGUACCUGCAGGGCAAGAGAGGCAUAGAGAAACCUCCGUUUGAGCUGCCCGAGUUCAUCAAGAGAACCGGCAUCCAGGAGAUGAGAGAAGCCCUGCAGGAGAAGGUACAAUCUGGCAGUGAUAUCUUCCUAAUUAGGUGUGUCUCUCUCUUUCAGGGCUGUUCGUUUGGGUAUCAUGCGGGCGGUUGGGGUAAGCCUCCUGUGGACGAGACGGGAAGACCGCUGUACGGAGACGUGUUCGGCACCAACGCCAUAGACUUCCAUGCCAAAGCAGAGGAGGAGGAAGUCGAUCGAACCACGUGGGGCGAGCUGGAGGCGUCUGAUGAAGAGUCGUCUGAGGAAGAGGAGGAGGAGGAGGAGAGUGAUGAGGAGAAACCUGAUGAAACGGGCUUCUUCACACCUGCAGACAGCGGGAUGAUCACUCCGGGCGGCUUCUCCUCUGUUCCUGCCGGCAUGGAGACUCCAGAGCUCAUCGAGCUCAGGAAGAAGAAGAUCGAAGAGGCCAUGGACGGAAACGAGACGCCUCAGCUGUUCACGGUGCUGCCGGAGAGGAGGACGGGGCCGGUCGGGGCCGCUAUGAUGGCGUCCACACACAUCUACGACAUGUCUACGACGGUGACGAGCCGGAAGGUGGGCGGAGUCUCGGUGCUGGGUGGAGACUCUCAGGGGGUGGAGGUGGCUCUGGCGCCGGAGGAGCUGGAGCUCGACCCCAUGGCCAUGACGCAGAAGUACGAGGAGCACGUCAGAGAGCAGCAGGUGGAGAAAGAGGACUUCAGCGACAUGGUGGCCGAACACGCCGCCAAACAGAAGCAAAAGAAGCGCAAGGCACAGCCGCAGGACACGCGCUCUGGAGCGAAGAAAUACAAAGAGUUCAAGUUCUAGCCCUGCGGUGAGCUGCGGGACGCCAGCCCUUCUCAUUUCGUACUCCUUUUAACUGCUGAUGUCGUGUAGAAGCGCUCUUGUUUGUACGUCACAUGACAGUGAGCGACGUUUUUCAUUUAUGCUCGAUGUUUUUGUAAAUAAAAUAGCAGUCCAUGAAAA